AUGAGCAGAGUCCUGCUAGAGAGGUCAGCUCAGCGUCCAGGAGGGGCUGCCAGCGGCAGAGUGCCUGCGCCCGAGGCAGCCACGGACGUGCCUGGGAAGGUGCUGCCCGAGAAGUCUGCUCUGAUGUGGCUGCACUUGGGCAUGCGGGCUCCCCAGAGGCCCAUGUGAGAAAGCCGGGGGUUCCCAGGCUGUGGGUGCAGGACGGGCCAGGCACCACCCUGCAGGGCCCACCCCCCUGCCCCUGCCCCCGCACCCUCACACCCAUCUUCCUCUCAGCCUGACCCCAGGGCCUGGGAGUCCCGGCAGACAGGCCCUCCUUGCCCAGCAGUGGCCGCCCUUUAUGGAUGGGGCGCCUGGCAGAGCCGCUGUGGAGGAGGAGUUGGUUGUCAUGGUCGGGGGAGGCAGCCCUUGGGCUGGGUGUGUUGGUGGUCAAGGUUGAACCCAUAUCCGGUGGAAUCUCCUGGUCUGUUCCACACACGAUCGUGCGGGAAGCUCUGGGACCCGAAAGCUGUUAUGAUCUCAGUCACAAGUUCUCACAGCAGCCUGGGGUCACCAGGGACUAGACCCAGCAUUAGGCUUUAGGAGCUGCUUGGCUGCUGGGCUGAGCUUCAUUGCAGGCCCAGGAAGAUGACCAAGAAGGGCAGAGCAGAGCCCCGUCAGCCACUCCUUGGGCUGGAAGUGACUUCCUCAGUAUGGAUGGCAGCUGUUAACAAGCAGUGGUGGUUUGGCCGGAGGCCUCUGUGGGGCACAGACAUGGCGUGA